GUUUCUUCACAAAAAUGGCUCAAAUUAUUCUCUCUUUCAUGGUUCUCUCCCUCACUUUUUUCGGGUUUUCGGCCACGGUCGAGUCUCGUUCCAGUGCACGGGUGUACCUCGAGGCACAAUGUCGAUCAGUUGUGUACCAUGAUCUAUGUGUCAAAACGCUUUUACCGUAUGUAGGAAAGGCUGUACCAGGUCCACAACAAUUAGCUAGAAUUUCAAUGGCAGUCUGUCUGUCGAAGGCUAGGCUGACGAAGGCGUAUGUGAACAUGGUGGCCAAGAAAUUUAACCAAACGAAGAAUUUUGGAGACUACCAAGCUGUGGACGCGUGUUUGAAUCAAAUCAGUAAUGGAGUGAACCAAAUAACGUUAUCUGUGAAGGAGUUUCAAAAAAUGGGAAAGGAUGGAGAACAGAAUUUCAUGUUGCAUGAAGGUAACGUGCAAAGUUGGGUGAGUGCUGCUCUAACGGAUGCUGAUAUGUGCGUAGAUGGAUUAUUGGGAAAUGGGAUCGGGGGUAGGGAUAAGGCAAUGAUCAAAACAAUGAUCUUGAACGUGAAGCAACUUGCUAGUAAUUCGCUUGGGUUGUUUAACCGAUUUACAAUGAGACAUCGUGCCUCUCGUAUCGUCAAGAAUCCGUAAAUCUAAUCAAUACACAUAUAUAUACGUACACACAUAUAUACAUAAUAUAUUAAACAAGUUGUUUUAUUAACGUAAAGUUAGUUCAUGUCAUCCCAUUUCUUUAAUGUAUCGUGUAAUUGGAAGUAUACACAUAUUUGUAAUCUUCGAUGGUAAUUGUGAAUACCAAGUAAUGAGAAAUAUGCAAAUCUUAUAAAGCU